AUGUUUUCGAUACUUCUAUCAAUUGGUUUGAUAUUCUAUGGUUUUCCAGUGUCUGAGAGUUUAGGUGAAAUCUAUGCUCCUUCAAUUGGAAUUUAUUAAAAAUUCAAUGUUAACGAAGAUGUUAUCGCAUUAAAAAAAGCAAUUGAAACUAAAAAUGAAAAUGGAGUUAGUUUAACUUGAAUCAACUUUGUAUUCCAUAUUUUGCAGAUUAUCAAUAUUCUGUGUUAUCGUCCAAAUUUUCAACGUAAAUUUAUAAUGAGCACAUACUUCUACAAAUAUCGUAAAGAUCUGCAUACUGAAUUAGAAAAUAUUUUGAGCAGCCAUUUUGCAAAUCUUAUUUUGAAUCUAAUCAAAGACCCAGCUGAAUAUGAUGCGAUGGAAAUUGAGAGAAUUUCGGAUUAUCAUUUUACAAUGGAUCCGGAAAAAUGGGGAGCUGCUGAAAUUUUAGUACUGAGGACACAUCAGGAAAUUGAAGAGAUGAAGAAAAUAUACAAUGCGGGAAAAUUUAUGAAUGUUAUUAAAAAUGUUGAUAGAACAUAUGGAUUAUUAACAGAUCUGGUUAGAAAUAAACAGAAAAGUGAGAGUUCCAAAGAUCUAAAUAAGACUUCUGCUCAAAUUGAUGCCGAGAAGUUAUGUGAAGCUGGAUACAAUUUUUUUGACGAAGAUGUUUUCGUUGAAGUUUUCACUACAAAUAAUUUAGAACAACUGAAAUUAAUAUUUGAAAAGUUCCCGGAUACAAAAUGUAAAACAACUAUUGAAGAACUCAUCGAAAAAAAAUUUUCAAAUACAGCGUUAGCAAGUUUCAAAACUGUUGCUCAGAUUUCAAAUGAUCGAAUCGGAUAUUUUGCAGAUCGCCUUAAACAUGUGAUAACAGGUGAUAGAUUUUUUUUAGAAGAUGUUAAAGGAACACCAAAAGCUAAAAGGACAACAUCGCUAGAGCGACUAUUAGCUUUUGGUGUUCCUUUAAAAAACGAAACAAAAGUUGACAGGUUGUUGGAUUGUGAAUUCAUUUUAUGAAGAUUUGACAAGAAUUAUUAUAACAAGAUCUGAAAUUGAUUUGCGUGCAAUUCAAAAGGAAUUUGAUCGACGAGAUGGGGAUGAUGCUUUAGUUAAAUUGAUUCAGAAAAAAACAUCGGGAUCGUAUCGGGAUGCACUUUUAGCAUUGAUUAAGGGAAAUCAAUCGAAAAAAAUUAUUUCUUAA